UGUGCUGGCCAGCAGUGGACCACCUACAGAAGCAAUAUGUAGGAAAAGCCUUCAGACAUAUCAGCCUCUGGGCACAUGGGCAUUCUUCCAGACUUCAGUGAACUGGACACCAGGCCCUGGAGACAUUAGGAAGAACAAACUGAACAUCGUUGUCCGGUCCUGCAGGGCUCUGGCAUGGGGGAGCUGAUAAGGGAAAAACUUGUGUUCAUCUUCCUUCUUGGUUGCUUGAUUCAAAAAUGCUUUGCCACCGUGCAACACUCCCAGAGAUUUCCUCUUUCUGCGGGUGCAAUUCAAAGCCAGCUAAGAACUUGUCCUCAGAUAAAAGUCGGAGAGGACGAUUUACCAGGUUUUGAUGUUAUUUCCCAGUUUCAUUUAGGCACCGCAACGACUGGAGGAACAAUCCAGCGGGUGGUCGGAUCAACCCCUUCGCAGGUUGCGUACAUAGUGGGACCCGAAUAUAGCUUCAGGUUACAAACAAGGGCCGCCUACCCUUUUGGGCUGCCGGAAGAAUUUUCUUUUCUUGCCACUUUCCGGAUGAGUGGGAGCACCUUACAUAAGAACUGGAAUAUUUGGCAGAUCCAAGAUGCCUUCGGAAACGAGCAACUUGCAGUAAGAAUGAACGGGAAGACGCGCUCGGUGGAGUUCUCCUGCGCAAGAGCCGAUCACAGCCUGCAGACCGCCGUUUUCUCUUUCAUACCGUCCCUGUUCGACUCUCAGUGGCACAAGAUCUUGCUAAGUGUGGAAACGGGAUCAGUGACCCUUUUUGUUGACUGCGAUUUGAUUGACUCUCAAAAGAUAUCCCCGAGAGGCGGGGUGAACCUCGAUGGCUUUUCUUCGAUUGGAAAAUUAAAGGAUAACGCUGCGGUGGCAGUUCCGUUUGAACUUCAGUGGAUGCUGAUUCACUGCGAUCCACAACGGCCUCAGAGGGAGACGUGCGAUGAGCUUCCAGCCAGAAGAUCGAUUGCUCAGGCGGAGGUUGAGCGGGGCCUUCCCGGCCCGAGGGGUCCGCCCGGCCCGCCGGGUCCUGCCGGGGUCCCUGGGAUCGAUGGCAUAGAUGGAGACAGAGGUCCCGAUGGCCCAACUGGUCCUCCGGGUCCUGAUGGGGAUCCAGGUAAAAGCGGCUCGCCGGGAUUGCCAGGAGAGCCCGGGGCUGAUGGAUUAACUGGGCCUGAUGGAGAUGCAGGUCCACCUGGUACAUCAGGUCAGAAAGGUGAACCGGGAAAGGCUGGUCUCCGUGGAGCAGCAGGUUCAGGCCCUGAUGGACCACCUGGCCCACCUGGUCCAGGAGGACUUCCAGGGGAACUAGGACGCGCUGGACCCAUUGGAGACAUUGGAGUCAGAGGCCCCCCAGGACCCCCUGGCCCCCCAGGACCACGAGGUGCUCCUGGAUUUCGUGAGAGCACUGGAGAGCUAUGUCCCAAUGCCUGCCCUCCUGGGCCAUCUGGCCAUCCUGGUCUUCCAGGUAUGAAGGGCCACAAAGGUGUAAAAGGAGAAUCUGGUGAACCAGGAAAGCAGGGGCACAAGGGAGAAGAGGGGGAUCAAGGAGCCCCAGGGGAGAUCGGAGCUCAAGGCCCACCAGGUCCCCAGGGUACUAGAGGAAUCACCGGCAUGAUGGGGCCGAAGGGCGAGAGGGGACCUCGGGGACAUGAUGGGGAGCCAGGGCCUCAAGGAGUUCAGGGAGCCGCAGGUGAUCAAGGACAGAGAGGUGUGAUGGGUGAGGUUGGGCCAAAAGGAGACCAGGGCCCUCAAGGUCCAAGAGGAAUUACAGGUCUACCUGGUCCCAAAGGAGAAUCUGGAUUACCAGGAGUGGAUGGUCGUGAAGGGAUUCCUGGACUGCCAGGGACAAAGGGCAAUCCUGGAAAACCAGGAGCUCCAGGAGAAGCUGGCCUGCAGGGUCUUCUCGGCUUGCCUGGUGCACCUGGACCAAAAGGUGUUAGUGGUGAGAAGGGCAAUGCUGGUGACCCAGGCUUAAUCGGCACUAUGGGAUCUUCUGGCAAAACGGGGGAACGAGGAGAGCAAGGUGAAGUCGGCCCUGUUGGACCAAGAGGUGGGCCAGGUGAUAGAGGAGAACAGGGCCCCCCUGGUCCUCCAGGAAAACCAGGCCCCCGUGGUCCUAAAGGUGACCUUGGUUUGCCAGGGCUGCCCGGUCCAGCUGGCCUACCUGGAGUUAAAGGAGACAGGGGUGCUGUGGGUCAAACUGGUCCUAAAGGAGAACAAGGAGAUCCAGGUGCAGAGGGCACACCAGGAGAGAAGGGAGACCAAGGUGACCAAGGAGAACCUGGACCGAAAGGAUCAACUGGCAGUCCUGGGGAACCGGGCAAUCGCGGACCCGAAGGAAGUCGAGGGCAGCCUGGAGUCGAGGGCCCCCCUGGCUCUCCGGGCCCUCGGGGAAUGCAGGGAGACCGCGGUGUGCCUGGCCUGCCGGGGUCCCAGGGGCCAGCGGGUAAAGAGCCAAGUGACCAGCAUAUAAGACAAGUCUGCAUGCGCGUGAUGCAGGAGCAGCUGGCUCAGCUGGCGGCCAGUCUGCGCAGGCCUGAGUCUGGGGCUGCUGGCCUGCCUGGCCGGCCUGGGCCUCCUGGUCCUCCUGGUUCCCCUGGAGACAGCGGCUUUCCUGGGCAAGCUGGAGCUCGAGGAUUACCAGGCCUUAAGGGGCCUCCAGGCCUCAUCGGCCUCAAGGGACCCAAAGGUGAAAUGGGAGACAAAGGAGAGAGAGGAGUCACGGUACGAGGGCCUAAAGGGUUGCCUGGGCCUCCUGGCCUGCCAGGUGAGCCGGGGAGACCCGGCUACGGCCGGGACGGGCGUGAUGGCGAGAGGGGUCCACCCGGGCUACCUGGACAGCCUGGCAUUCCUGGGCCUCCCGGUCCUGCUGGUCCCAACGGCUACUGCGACCCAUCAGCCUGCAACCUGCAAGCCAUUGCGGCACCACAGUCUCUGAAGGACUCCAACAUGAAGGGACCCUGAGCUGGUCCCUGAGCCGACGGCUGCGGCCGACCUGCAGUACGGUCCCGAGAACUGAAAGAGAGACAGAGAGCUCUCCCACACGGAUUUCACAAAGACAAACUGCCCGUCUUUAACACUGUAUUAUUUCUUAACACUUAAAUUUCUUCCUUUAAUGUGAUGGUACUCCAUAAGCGUUGAUUUUUUUUUACUUUCAAAACAUUUUUUUUACAAAAUGAUCCCAAUAAUUUAAAUUUCAGUUCUGAGAAUGCCCCCGUUUCCAGUGCUUGUGUGGACCCUAUGCUAAAAUGUGCAGUCAGUUAUUAGUGAAAUACCAAAGAAGAAAUAUGACUUACCUCAGCUGUAAUUUUUGCCUUCUGUGUACUGUAUAAUAAAGGUCCCUAGAAGCAAACUGAAUUCUUUUUAGACAAAGUGAAUUUCAUUUUGUCAUGUGUAUGUACCAUAUUGUAUACUACAGCUAACAACCAGAGACCUGACAGCAUUAUUACUCUGUACAGAAAUGAAAUGCAGACUACCCAUGUAAAACGGAAAAUGAGCAACACAGAUGUAUGGGAAUCUCUGUAAAUUUGUGAUUUCUGGAUCUAUUCCAAUUACAUUUAAUGCCAAAUGACUUUCUUAAGGUUCAGUGGUUAUUUUCUUUAACAUCUUUUCUUAGCAGCUCAUCGGAAAAUGUCAGCCUCUGUUCAGAGUCCUGUGUGGCACUAGCAUGCUGGGAAUACAGUAAUCCACUUUUAUCAGAUAUGUUUAGGAAUUAUCCAGAAGUUAAGUUUUAUAAUGAUAUUAUUUAUUAUACAAAGGUCUAACGAAACAUUUAUGGCUGUACAAAAGCAGAAACAAUAAACACAAAUUUUAAUAAAGUUUUGCAUGUCUUUGUAUGAAUGGCACAUUCAUAAUAAAGGUAGGCAGCUGUGGAUGUGUGUACAUUUUAACUUUGCCCUAACUUUGUUUCGGCGAUUCUUAAACUGUCAGAACCAAGUCCCACAAAUUACAUGGGAUUUCUAAACGGAGAACCAUAAUCAGCAUUUUACUUUGUAUUCUUUCAAGAUCCCUGAAGACAGAGUUGCUACUUCAGAAAAAAUGUGUGGUUGUCAUGGGGAUAUGUAAUCAUAUCAAAUCAAUAAUUAAAAGUAAAACUUAA